UUUGGCGCCCUUUUGGUCCCCGAACCCGCCAUUUGCUGUCUCCCUUGGCGCGCUUUCUAUCUUCCACCCCCUUCUAAGUUCUAUCUUCCACACUUUUCUCCCAGUUUUCCUGUUUCUGUCGUUGAGUAGCAAUCCAAAGCAGUUCGAUUCAUCUGCAAGCCGCCGCCAACUAUCACUCCAGUAAGUCAUAGCAUGGCCAGUUCUACUUGGUACUCUCUUUUCUCCGUUUCCUCCUAGCUAGCUAUGGUUUCUCGAGCCAAGCGAAUCUUGGACAGCUAGUUUGUAAGUGCCGCCAUUGGUCCAGUUCCUCGUUUACCGACUGCUAUGAGCUAUCUCACCCGGGAACUCAACCCCGAUUAGGGUUUCUGAGCCCUCUCUUUCAAUUGGGCUUAAUUUGUUUUAUUUUUCUUAUUUGAUUUGUUCUCAAACCCUAGAUCUUCUGCUUCAAAACCACCACCACCGCCUCCCAACCGUUCUUCUCAUUCACAGUGCCGCAGUCGCAUUUUCUCUUCCCCGUCAAGCGGCCGCCGAUCCACUUCCCUGUUGGGCCAUCUCUCGCAUCUCCUCCCGUCCGCCAAACCCUAAUUAUGUGAUACUGUUUCCCGCCCAUAUCAAUCGAUUGUGAUUUCCUUUAGCUUUUGGAAAUUGAUCCAGUUUCAUCAACUGGUCGUAUCCUUGGCCGAGUACUUUGAUCCCAACAUGCAUGUCUUGUCUUGACAAUGUCGUUCCUCUGCAGGUUUUUUGUGAGUGGUAUGUUGGAGAUCUUGAGGGGGAAGUAUUAUUAUUGAUUCAUGAUGCUUGCAGCUUGCCAUUCUUUAAACUAAUGUUGUGUAUAUUGGUUCGUACAGAGAUAAUGGACACAUCAAACCCUGCUAUUCUUGUGAAUGGAAACCUGUUGCCAAUGCAUGUGAGGAAGAGAGUUAGGACUGUGAUUCAAGUACUGAAUUCCGAGCGCGGUUCAGUCAUUGGGAAAUCCACAGAUGAUCAGCAGCUAGUCAUAAAGGGCUCCCCGCCAUCUACACCGCUCACCAACUUUGUCGAGGUCAUUGGCAUUGCUGAUUCUGACAAGUCCAUCCAGGCUGAGAUAUGGACCAACUUUGGUGACAACUUUAUGCAUCUUCCUUCAAUCAGCUUUGCCAACUUGCGAAUGCUGAAUACCAGCACUUGUUCCUGUGAGCAGCAGAACCCUGCAAAUGGGUUUUAUGAAGUGGUUCAGUAGCUUGUGAAUUCUUCUGAUUAGAUGAUAUUACUAUGUGUUGGUUCUAAUAGUGUUACAUGUGAACAAUACAUGUCUUAUCUUUAGUUUUGUUGGGAAUGGAAUUUAGACUAAUGGGUGUGUACGGAGUGUGUAGUCUAUACUGCACAGAGGGCUCUGUCAUUGAGUUCUUGUUCAUAUAGGGAUGCUUUGCAUUUUGUCCAGCAAAUCUUAGGAUAGUUUGGUGAUAUACCAAACAAAUGGAGAGAGAGAGAGAGAGAGAGAGAGAGAGAGAGA